AUGUUUCAAUUUUCAGACGAGCGACGCUUUGCGUUCACCAUUGUGUCCCUUUGUACCAUCUCUCUCACCGUGUCCCUCAGCUCGACGUCGCUGAGCAAUGCAAUUCCGGUGAUCACCAAGCAAUUCCAGGGCACAGACACCCAAGCCUUUUGGUCUGGCACCGCUUAUCUACUGUGCUCAGCGGUAUUCCAGCCUGUUUUUGCCGUCGCGUCUCAUUAUUUUGGACGAAAGCCACUGUUUGUCUUUGCCAUUCUGUUCUUCGUGGCUGGCUCUGCACUUGCUACAGGCUCAGGAUCAUUCGAAGUUCUCCUUGCUGCCCGUUCCAUCCAGGGAUUCGGCGGUGGUGGAUUGCUCACCUUAUCGGAAAUUCUGAUUGCGGAUCUGGCGCCGCUCAGAGAGAGAGGCAAAUGGAUUGGUCUCUUGAGCAUGAUGUGGGCGAUAGGGUGUGUCUCUGGACCGAUCGUGGGUGGUGCUUUAGCUCAUGAGAAUACGUGGCGAUGGAUCUUUGCUAUCAACCUCCCGCUUGCCUGCGCCUCCCUGACAUUGAUAGGCAUUUUCUUGAAACCUUCUCACAUCGGAGUGAACUUACACAAGGCUGCUGGGCAGAUUGACUGGAUUGGGUUUGGUCUUUUCAUCCCAUCAAUGGCAUCUUUCUUGAUUCCAAUCACCUGGGGCGGCGAGAUGUUUCCCUGGAAGAGUUGGCACACACUGGUACCGUUGCUGGUUGGAACUAUGGGGUUGGUAUCAUUCGUGACAUAUGAAAUAUGGAUCGCCAAGCAGCCUUUCCUCCUAGGAAGCAUAUUUCGAGAUGGAAACUCAAGAUUGAUCUACUUGCAGACCUUCAUGCACGGCCUGAUUGUCUGGUGCCUUCUAUACUAUCUUCCACUCUACUACCAGGCUGUCCAGUCCUACUCGCCGCUGAUGUCUGGCGUGGCCUUGCUACCAGAAACCUUCACAAUCAGCGUAUCCGCCGGUCUGGUGGGUAUGCUGAUCACCAUCACAGGUCAUUACUACCAUGCGCUUUGGGUCAGCUGGGCGAUCACUACGACUGGUGUCGGACUACUAUAUUUACUCAACACAGACACAGCCGUUUACAAGUGGGUACUCAUAAAUCUCGUGGUGGGCCUAGGGACAGGGUCGCUGUUCACCAGCACCAACCUGGCCAUUCAAGCGAACAAAGAAUCAGAGGAGAUGUCGCACGCUCUCGGCUUUUUCGCAUUUUUCCGCACAUUGGGACAGUCUAUCGGUGUCGCCAUUGGGGGAACAACCUUCGAUAACAUGUUCCGGCAUAAAAUGAACGCAAACCCUGCUCUUUCUGCAUUGACCGAAAAGCUCGGCACCGGGGCAGCGGCGCUGGUUCAGUCUUUGAAAAGCAUCCCAGAUAAGGAACCUCGAAAGCAGGAGCUGAUACAGAUAUAUGCCAAUUCAUUGAGAAUGAUCUGGCCCGUUUUGUGUGCCUGCGCCGGAGUCGCACUGUUGGCUAGUCUCUUUGUUAAGAGAUAUAGUCUAGGAUCAAGUAAGUGA